AUGCAAAGCUUCACCGGAACUUGUCGUCUCGCGCAGCUUCUUCUAACGCUGCAACUGAUGAUACCUGCGCAGAUGCUGCAGGGAACAGAACAGUCCACAGUGGUGGGAAUCUUGGAGGUGAUGAAGAAGAGUUCGUGCCAACCCAUGGAGCAACUGGUGGAUGUGCAGCAGGAGUUCCCCGAGGAGGUGGAGUACAUCUACAUCCCUCCGUGUGUCCCACUGAGGAGGUGCUCAGGCUGCUGCUCUGAUGAUGAACUGCAGUGCCACCCCACCUCUCAAAGCAACAUCACAAUGCAGGUGAUGCAGGUGAUGCAUAUGGUGUCGGCACAGAAAGUGGAACUCACGUUUGCAGAGCAUCAUGCAUGUGAAUGCAGCUGCAGCAGCAAGAAGAGACCUCGAACGAGGAAACAGAAAAAGAAAGGUCGCCUCUGUGGAAAGUAA